GUCUAACUUUCGUUCUCGCUAUGUAUCAGGUGACAAUCCUUGUGCUUGUGGGCGUGGCCUCUUUAGUGGCAGGUGACGUCGGCUUACUCCACUCUCCGGUGCAUCAUGGGAGUCCGUUACUCCACGCCGGUCCUGUAGUACACCACGACGUCGCAGUCGGCCACAUCAAGCCUCUUCAUGGCAAAACCGGCUACGGCCACGAGACUUACCACGACAUCCCAGCGGCUUACAACUACAACUACCUAAUCCAAGACGACUACUCAGGAGCCCACUUCGGCCAAGACGAAGUCCGGGACGGCUACAAAACGGAGGGCAAAUAUUUCGUCCAUCUGCCCGACGGACGCAUCCAGACCGUCAGUUACUACGCCGACGAGACGGGAUACCACGCCACCGUCACCUACGAGGGAGAAGCCCAUUACGACGAUUACGUGCCCAAACACGCCCCUGCCUACGCGCCCGCACCUGCCUACCUGUAGUUUAAAAGGGCAUUCCAUUGGGCAGACUGUUUUCUGCUUGCUUUGCAUCAGUUGUGAACGCACCCCGUUGGUUGCGUUGCUCGUGUAGAUAACUGUAAUUUCUAUAAUUAUUAUUAUCCUAAAUUUAUAUUUAUGAAUUUAAUGCUAUUAAGGCUAUUUUAUUAAAUAAGAUAUAAAAUUA